UGCUCCUUAUAACCUCCUGCUCUCAAUCCCCACCCACAGACCGUCCAACUUCAGAGUUCUUACCAAACUUGCACCAUAUAUCGUGAAUCAACGUCAAGGCUACUUCACAUGUCUGUCGCCUCAGAAUCCUCCCAGACUGAUGUCUUGGAAUAUAUUAUCACCCACAUAUGUUGUCCCAUCAAAUUACCGCAGCACAGCGAUUAUACUCUCGACAAUGAUAGCGCCCUCCUUGAUGUCGUGCUAGGGUCGGCUCGCAAAUUUGUAAGUUCGUUGCCCGACCAUGAUCAGGAGCAGUGGGCUCCUUUAUUGAAGAUGCUGGAGAGUCUUACUGCCACGAUGAGAUCUUCUUCCCUGAUUGGGGAAGUUGUUGAGUCGCAAAUAAAAUCUAUGGGAGCAGGAGAUGUUCUCGCAUAUCUGAUUCGGGAACAAAAUGCUGCUGUAGUGCUUCGCAGGCUCGACACGAAAACCAUCUUUGAAUCCUUCGAAGUUUCACCACCGGCAUUUGCUGUCAUGGAGGCAAAGGGGAAGCUAUUGUGUUCGUAUCCGGGACCUGCGAUCGCCAUAUCAAACUUAGUGGUGGAUAAGCCUACAUUUUCCCCCGAGCUGGUGAACUUUCUUUCGCACAUGAGCUCUGAUGGAUUAGAUCCCGCAGUCCUCCAAGGAGAGACUGCAAAUCCUCACUAUAUCACCCGACUUCUUACUGAUAUCCUCUGCGCAUUUGGCGAGCCGGCUAACAUCCCUCGUAUUCGAAAACGUAUAGGCGAUGAUGUGUUACAGUCUCACGCCAAGCUCCCUUGGCGAAGGUCAUCCCUCUGGCUUGUCAUCAGGGUUGUAUUGCAGACAUCUCUCGAGCGCACAAGCCUUGGACGAAACAGUUACAAGGCUUUCAUCGCUUCUCUCAUGACCGACCUUGUGUCCAAAGCGCUUGAGGGGGAUAUCUCGAGUGAUCUACUUUACUCCAUGUCCAUUAAAGUCAGUCGUCGCUUGGUCAAGCUCCAGGCCGAAGACGAAUUCUUAGCAAUCGCGAUGCACAAAGCUACAGAAGAUAUCAAAGACCGACUGGAGCUGCGCUGGAAGAAUGUUCAGGAGGUUCAGACAGCUUCUCCUCAUUGGGAUGCCUCGGAGAUACAUAAAAUCAGGGACACCAGACUCUCUUUGACCGAAAGCAAGGAGUACAUCAUCUCUAUCCUCCAUCCUACCCAUGUCCAACCUCCUGUGCCAGAAUUUCAGCCUCAUCAUCGCCCACGAGGCACUAUUAAGGACUUCCUUGGUCCUGACGCCAAUUUCUUCGAGAGCGCUUAUGCCGACGACCCCUUUGUAGCACUUUCGGAUUUCGAACAUGUCAUUGAGCAGGACAUUGAUGGCUGGGUGAAUCAUGUCAUGAGCCUGGAUGCUGCUGACAUCGACGCCGCUUGCAUGGCCAUUCAAGCGCGCGCUAAAGGUUAUUCCACCAGAGCGCAACCGUCCUAUUCCGGAAAUCCUGAAAAUAUAUCCACCAUGCUGCUCACACUGUUCGAACUCUGGGUCGCACUUGAUAAACUGGUUGUCAAGUCAAUCCCUCUUCUCCUGGAGUACUCUCCGGAGGUCCCAGUUGCCACAUUCAAUCGCCUUCUCCUUCAAAAAGCUGCCGCCAUAGAGCGACUCAGAGUUCUUCAAUGCUAUGUUGUCAGGCGUCGCACCCCCAAUGCGCUCUCGGUCUUCUCGGAUGGGGCAGAAAUGCACACGUUCGCAGUUCGUUACUAUCAGCAAUCCAAGGAGCUGCAGUCAUACAAGCAGCGCAUUACAGAUGAUGCAGAUGCAGAGCGUAAAAAACGAAUCGCAGACCUUCAUAGCAAAAGCGACAGAUUCCAGUGUCUCACAGAUGAAAUCAACGCCCUAUCGUGCGACUACUACACGCACUGGCGAGGUUGGGUCCAACAUGACCGUGAUUGCCGUCGGUGCAAGAAGCAAAGUGAGAGGGAUAGCCUUGCUGUUGAAGUCCAUGAAUGGCCGCUUCCUGAGUCUGUCUACGAUGCAGCGGUAGUGGUAUUCGAGCUUGCUUCCCCGGUCGCUUUCAAGAUGUGGCGAUCUUUCACCUUCCACUUUCUCUACCACAUAUGCACCCCAACUUCACAACAGACUGAAAGUGCGAUCCAACACGUCCUGCUUGCACAUUAUGCGCCGCUCUCGGGUUAUUACACAGAGCAUCCCGGUCAACGUAUUACACUGGCCUCCAUGAACGAGCCCCUCCAGACCUCUCGCAAAUCCCUUCCAUGUACUGAAAGCGACAUCUUCGUCAACAAUAUUAACCAGCUGCGUUUCAUUCUUUACGAUACGACUAGUGGUGUUUGGGCCUCCAAUGCUUUUCGACAGACUGACAUAUCCAACGUUUGCACCCACGUGCUGCCAAACGGUCCGUAUCAUGGACUGCAAUAUUACCUGUUGGGUACCCAGCACACCUCCAAUGAGGUCUUGGCCAACCAGGCUUCAUGUCAUGCUGAAUUGACGCUUCAUGAAUUCAUCGCUUUUGGGGGCCUUCGUAGUGGCAGCCUUUUGCAAUGGAUCAGCAUUCUUCGUGAAUUGCGAGCACGCACCCUCACAUUUCGCGAUCCUGCGGUCCAUUUGCUACUGCUCCAGGCUAGUUGGCAGAUAGGAAAGCUUUCAGCCGACGGGUCUAGGGCAUUGCACAACGAACUGAAAACCUCAGAAUUCGGACACGCCCUUAUUGAUGAGCUCCAAAGCUUGAAAGUAAGCGUGGAAGCGAAUUGGCUGGAGGGCACAACAAUGUCGACAAUCUCCGUGCUGGCAUCUCGCCUUCUUUCAUCAGCAGAGGAUUUCAGGGUCAUCGAUGAAUUACACAGGUUACUGCGAGCUGUCCGAAAUACAACUUUCAAAUGGGUGCAAGAGCUAUCCGAAUCUGAUGAUCAAGACAAAACGUCUACCCGCAAACAUCGAGCCCGUGUUUGUGACAUGGCAGCAAUUUGUCUCAGCACCUAUGAUGUUGGUCCGGACAACAUCGCAGCACUCCUCGAAUCACCACAGGACUUGGAGAUCCUGGUGUACUGCUCUGUUACAGUGAGGGAUAACGUGCCUUUGGAUCUUCACUCUCUCCCGAUAAUUUCGAGGUUACUUCUUGAACGCAACCGUCGGCUGUCACACUUCUUAGAGGCCCAUUUCCAACACUAUGUGGAAGACGAUCAAGAAGGUCUUGAUUGCGCAAUGGAGCGUAUUUGGCCUGCAUACCAGCGCCACACGCGCUGGGAAGUACUUGAAUCCCCAAACUCUCGGUGGCUUAGAUGUGAAACAGCGCCUCUUGACGAUCCAUCCCGCCAAAUCAUCCAUCUUGAUAUGUUGACAGCAAGCUUAUUGGUUGACGGCAAGCCAUUAGCCAGGCUACCAGAUUGCUUUUUGCGGCAUCCUAGCUACAUCGCCCUCUUCGGUCGUCAAGUGUUUGAUGUUUUCCCCACAAAGAUCCCUGGCGUGGAAUUUAUUGCUAAGGCCGUUGUGCAUCGCUUCAAAAUAUUUUUUGGGAUGCGCAACGGGGACAUUGUCAUUCAGUCGCAACGUGAGGAUGAAGACCUCCUUGAGCUGGUACCUCCGGGGAAUCUCAAGUUGGACAUUCCCAUGCUACUGGUCAAAGAUCACGUGCAUUGGCUCAACCUACGCACUCGCGCAAUCGAAUUUCGUCCAAUGGAGAGACUGUGGGAGCCUUCUGACGACAACUGGGUGUUGCAAUUCACAGAGGAUGAUGGGCAGUCAGUCGCUCGGCAGGGCCAAACAACUCUGUUUGACAUUCGGAGUCACACUUUCAGCAUGAUAGCAAACACGCUGAGCCCACUUGAAAACUCCCAAUACCUAAUCGUCACUUGCAGCAUGGAUGUAGUCAAGGUCGAUCUCCCUCGGUUUGGACUCUCUUUCUUUAUAGACAAAGACGGAGAAUUGCAUUCACGGAACCAGAGAGGCAUGGUUGUCGAUAAAAAUCAAUCCACUGGUACAAUGCUUGGACUCGUGAACCAGCUCGUUUUACGCCCAAAAGAUCGACAAACUUACAGCGAUCGCCGUGUCAUCAUUCCCCAAGGGGAUGUAGUAGUGGAGCCCAGCGGUCACCAUAUCCAGGUCACCAUCCAUAUUGAUCCUGAUCAUGCUCACCUUCCCUACCACUGUUACACCAUUGACACGGAACUCUGCCGCCUGACGGGAAAUGUUGGUCUCACGAAUAAACUUUACAAGGUGUACUUGCACGCCGUGUGCAGUGCCCAUGUUCCAGAUCCGUUGACUCGACGCACUGGUUUGGAGGAAGCCAUGUAUUUGCUGCAAUCUGCUGCAUGUUUUUCCUUCAUGAAGCUGGACCCAUUCGAAUGCAAGCUUCUAGCUUGGAUAGGUUCCUUGACCGUUGAUCGGACAUGGUCCAUUGUCGGCAGGAGGUCACAGGACGUCCACUGGCAAAGUGGCUUAUCAUCUUACGUCCAAAGUUGCGCAUUCUACCAUGCUGCCAGGAACAUAGUCCAAUAUGCACGGAAGCUGAAGGUGCUCAGCGAAACACCGGUUUCAGUUUGUCCAAAAUUUCCAGCACGCAAUGAAUUCCUCCUGGAACGCGCUUCUCAGCGGUCCACUUUCCUUUACUCCCAUGAUCCAGUCAGUUCUUUCUAUCCCAGAAAAUCGUCGAGCAGUGAAUAUACUUCCAGGGAUGUUUACCGGUGUUCAAUCAAUGAUCAAAAUGCGUUUGAUUGUGCACGCAUGGUGUGCAACUGGAGGAUCACGCUUGAGCCUUGCCAAGCGCUCUAUGACGUCUUCGUUCAAUGGAGAGAAAUUUCUGGGAGAACAGACAAUUUACUAUCCCUUCGAUACGACGGAGAGUGGUUGAAGCCUGACUUGGCUAAGAUAUGGAUGACCGUCUACCAACUUUGCUGUGUCGCAGACCGGGAGAAUCACACAUUCCAACUCGCUUUCACGUUACCAGCCAUGGCUUAUUCCUCUCCGGACAAUAUGAAAUUUGCCACAACCAUGCUCGCGUUUGCGGUUAUUCCUGAGUUCCGUGCAAUCGACUCCCCCAUAUAUAACAUAUACGACCUUUCUUUUGGGAUCAAACCCCUUGAACAGGAUCUCUGCUACCAUAUCUCUUCCCAUACCACCUUCACCAACAGUCCCGAGGCGUCGUGGUCUAGUUACAAUGGCGAGUCAUCCCACGACUUUAAUAUUCGGCAACAAAGACACUUCCAAUCUGAGUGUCUACGUGAACAGAAGGCGGCGGUCAGUAUCCUUCUUGAUCGUUGGCCUUGCGAUUCCGUUCCUGCAAAUGCUCUGCAGUGUCUAAGCCACUCCCGAUACAACAAGCCCGCCCUUAGCGCCGUCCUUGCAAAGGAAUACUCGAACUGCUAUCGCAACCGGUGUCUGAAGGUAUAUCUGGAUCGUGUGCAGACUGUGCUUGUUGAAGUAGGGCGGACUUCCAUGCCCUCCGUCAAGCAAUCGUACACAUUCACCCCGAGCAAUUCAGAUGUUAUAUCAGUCACCACCGCCAUUCUCACUGAAGACUUAUUCAGAAAACCUGCGCCAGUCAUCAAAUUACUACCUGACCCUCUCAAACAGAGUGACGCUUUACUAAGCAACAGAUCCUCUGGCAGUGGGCUCGAUUCAUCUCCAUUAGAGGAUGUCAUCUCCAGGUUUUCACGACGUCGAUUGGACCAGUUUGGUAUCCGCUAUGCCGAAGAUCUAGAAGACAGCAGAAUCGAUUUAGAGAACGAACAAUCACUCGUUGUACCGGACCAAACCCGCUGGACAGUCAACGUGUUGCAACAUCAUCAUGUGUGGUGCAAUAGGCUCUAUAAUAAUGCUUUUCGCAGAUUGGAAGAGCAUCUAGCUCCCGUGGGUUUGGCGGAGGAGAGUUUAUUCAACUCUGGGCAAUGGCCGCGCAUUACCAUCACAUUUCUUCUCGGUCUCCUCGCCUCUACGUCAAAAACACCUCUCUGUGACUCAUGGAAAGCCCCUUUGACCAGUUUCGUCCAUAUUCUUCUUCGACUACAAAGAUCACAACGACUUCUGAAAUUAAAGCUGGCAGCUGGUGGGGACAAUGGAGAAUUUCUGAAGGAGCUGAUGAACGACGGCCACCUAGGAGUGGAUGAUACACAGACAUAUCUGGACUGGCUUCUAAUUCAGGCAGAGAAUCGAUUUCUUAUCCGUCCCAUUCAAGCUAGCGUUGCGAUGGAGAUGAUUUCCCCAAGCUCAGGCAACAAUACCGCGCUGCAGCUUCAUAUGGGGGAAGGAAAAUCCUCCGUAAUCGUACCUAUUUGUUGUGCUGCACUGGCAGAUCGCAGCAAUCUGGUACGGGUCGUUGUGCUAAAGCCUUUGGUUGUUCAGAUGUUCCAGUUGCUCGUGGAACGGAUCGGCGGCCUUACCAACAGGCGAAUUUUCUACCUGCCAUUCUCGCGUUCGUUGCACAUUACUUCUAAUCAUGCAAGCACCAUCCAGUCACUAUUUGAAGAGUGCAAAGCCAUUGGCGGUAUCCUUGUCACCCAACCAGACCAUAUCCUCUCUUUCAAGUUGAUGACUGUGGAGCAACAGCUUCCGGCGCCCACAAAUGCGGUUGAGCAAUCCUCAGCAGAGCUGGCCGUGCCCCUGCUGAAUACUCAGCGGUGGCUUGAUAAGCACACUCGUGACAUACUGGACGAGAGUGAUGAACUGCUGCAUGUCCGCUUCCAACUCGUCUACACUAUGGGAGACCAACAACACCUGGAAGGUUAUCCUGAUCGAUGGACCACAACACAACAGGUGAUGACCCUUGUGGCAAAACAUGCUCGCCCCCUUCACCAAGAAUUUCCUCUUGGAGUAGAAUUCCAGCCAGGCGUUACUGGAACCUUCCCACUCAAAGUCCUGGACGCUCGCGCAGCCGAAAAAUUGAUCAUGCUGGUUUGUGACGACAUUCUUGACAGUAACCUUCCAAAUUUCGCAUUCGGACAUGUGCCACGUCAUAUGAAAGACUCCAUCCGUGAGUAUCUUACCCUCUCGACCAUUGGCCCACAGCUUCUUCACAAUGUCCGGAACUAUUGCGCUGGGUCCAGUCUGUGGAAUGGACUACUGCUCAUUCGAGGACUUCUCGCACACGGUAUACUGAUAUACACGCUGAAGGACCGGCGAUGGCGCGUAGAUUACGGCCUGGAUCCUCAACGCACAAUGCUUGCCGUGCCUUACCGUGCUAAGGAUGUUCCCUCAUCUCGGGCAGAAUUUGGACAUCCAGAUAUUGCAGUCGCACUCACAUGUCUUUCAUACUACUACGAAGGCCUCACUGAGAAACAGGUCGCCCUCUGCUUCCGCCAGCUACUCAAGCAAGACAAUCCCGCAUUGGAAUAUGAGACGUGGAUAAAGGGGUUGUCUUCAGAUUCGCUUCCAGACAACCUGAAAACCCUCAGUGGAAUCAAUGCGGAGUCUGCUGAACAGUUCACCAGUUGUUUGGUACCUCUCUUCGGGCGGAACAAGGCCGUCAUAGACUUCUUUUUGGCUCAGUUCGUCUUUUCAAAGGAAGCCAAGGAGUUUCCACACAAGUUAUCUUGCUCUGCCUGGGAUCUCGCAGAGCGAAAGUUCUACGGGUUGCCUACCACAGGCUUCAGUGGAACAAACGACUUUCGCUACUUGCUACCCACCACCAUAGCGCAGCAUUCACUAGACCACCAGCGCGGUACGAACGCCAGAGUCCUGAGUCACCUUUUGCAGCAAGAGAAUGAUCAUUAUGAUCCGCUUGCUUCUGGUGGAAGCGCUAGAGAGCUUCUUAAUGUCAUCACGAAUAAGUCGCCUGAAAUACGUGUCUUGCUCGACGUGGGUGCGCAAGUACUUGACCUGCAGAAUGACGAAGUGGCGAAGAUGUGGCUGGAGAUCAAUCAAGAUGCCCAAGCGGCAAUCUAUUUCAACAGGCACGAUGAGCUUGUGGUGCGCACUCGAGAUCAUGUUGUAGAACCAUUCUCCGCAUCUUCCUUUGCUCAGCAAGUGGAUCAGUGUGUAUUGUAUCUGGACGAUGAACACACCAGAGGAACAGACGUGAAGUUGCCUAGGGGAUUUCGCGCAGCUGUUACAUUAGGGCCAAAGGUCACCAAGGAUCGCCUUGUCCAAGGUUGCAUGCGUAUGAGAAAGCUUGGCCACGGUCACUCAGUCAUGUUCUUCGCACCUCCAGACAUAGAUCGCAGCAUACGAGCCGUGAAUAACAAGAGCAAUGGAGAUAUUCAUGUGUCGGAUAUCCUCGUGUGGGCGAUGACUGAAACGUGCUCAGACAUCGAACAUCGCGCUUCACAAUGGCUUCAGCAUGGAGUAGAUUUCCAAUCUCGCCACAGUGCAUGGUCAUCGUUCUUAUCCGGCGAUAUUGAACCCGCCGAACUCACCCGUUCGUGGCUACAGCCAGAGGCCAAGCAAUUGGAAGAGCUAUACGCUCCAGCUCUUACGGACGCAUCUACUUCACAGGCGUCGCUAGACGAAGAUCUUCUGGAGAGAUGCAGGAUCCUCGGGUUGCUAGGCAUUUCGCCUGACAACCGCCUAGACGAAGAGCAAGAGAGAGAAGUGCUACAUGAGGUUGAGCGCGAGAGCGAGGUGGAGAGACCACCACCAGUGUCGGCUGCUACCCAUAGCAUUGACGAGGACGUCAGGUCCUUCAUCCGAACAGGCACCAUUCCGGAUGGAUCUCAUGUGUUCACUGCUGUUUUCGACACCCUCGCUACAACUUCUGCUGCUUCCUCAGGGCGCCAGCCGUGGUCACGGGACGUGUUUGCCUCGAGGGAUUUUACCACAACCGUUCUGACGGAAGAAAAAACGGACAACUACACACGCUCAGUCAACUGGAUUCUUUCAAGUACAGCAUCCCGCGGGCAGGUGCUAGUCAUUGUCAGCCCCUUCGAGGCUAACGUUCUAUUACCUGACAUUCGAGCAAGUAAGCGAGUUCAUUUGCACAUCUAUACACCUCGCGUCACCAAGAUGAUGAAAUCAUGCGACGACUUGCGUCUUUACAUCAUCCCAUCAAUUUCUGCGCGAUGGAUUCCAGACGACACCCUCAUCCGUCAGCUCAACGUCUUUGCUGGACAACUGUACUUUCCUCAACAGCGCGCGUACCUGAAAUUGUGUCGCCUCUUGGGGCUUUACACUGCAGAUCUCAAAUAUCAGGGUGUCACUGAGAUUCAAAGUGAUGGAUUUAUCAAACCGGAGCAUCGGCCUCGUGCUGAGGAUUCCCUCAGCACCUUCCAACAAUCGCCUGUCCCCAUGUUGAAAGCACUUUUUGGUAUCCGCCGCAAGGGAAUGGGGUAUUUGCCUACGCACAUCGGGAAGCUAUUGAAUGCUCGAUAUUUGACGAGCGAGGACUUC